CAGCAAAGCUAGCUGUAGCUCAAGGCAACACGCUCACACUUAGGUUGGGUAGCAACAGGGGACAUAUACAUUCUUCCAUCCACACACGCACUCGUCGAUAUCAGCCAUGGCUGGUGCCAGUGCAAGCGAGAAUGCUAGUGCUUUGUGCGUCGUGAUGCUCAUCAUCAUGGCGCUCUGCGCCGGUGGCGCGUCGGCGCAGCUGUCAACGGGGUUCUACUCGAGCUCGUGCCCGGGCGCGCUGGGCGCGGUGAAGUCCGCGGUGCAGUCGGCGGUGGCGAAGGAGCCGCGGAUGGGCGCCUCCAUCCUGCGCCUAUUCUUCCACGACUGCUUCGUGCAGGGCUGCGACGGGUCGCUGCUGCUGGACGACACUUCGAGCCUGCAGGGGGAGAAGACGGCCAAGCCCAACAACGGGUCGGUGCGCGGGUUCGAGGUCAUCGACGCCGUGAAGGCGGCGGUGGAGAAGCUCUGCCCUGGUGUCGUCUCCUGCGCCGACGUCCUCGCCGUCGCAGCCAGGGACAGCGUCGUCGCCCUGGGCGGGCCGAGCUGGGAUGUGAAGGUGGGGCGGCGGGACUCGACGACGGCGAGCUUCAGCGGCGCCAACAACAACAUCCCGCCGCCGACGUCGGGGCUCGCUAACCUUACCGCGCUCUUCGCCGCGCAGGGGCUCUCCCAGAAGGACAUGGUUGCGCUGUCUGGGUCUCACACCAUAGGCCAAGCACGAUGUACGAGCUUCCGAGCGCACAUCUACAAUGACACCAACAUCGACAAGGGCUUCUCUACAACCCUUCAAGCAGGAUGCCCUCUCACCUCUGGCUCAGGCGACAACAACCUAGCACCACUCGAUCUUCAGACGCCGACCACUUUCGAGAACAACUACUACAAGAACCUCAUUGGCAAAAAGGGGCUCCUGCACUCUGACCAGGAGCUCUUCAAUGGCGGGGCCACCGACCCACAAGUACAGUCUUAUGUCAGUAGCCAGAGCACCUUCUUCGCUGAUUUUGUGGCAGGCAUGAUCAAGAUGGGAGAUAUCUCACCGCUGACAGGGAAUAAUGGAGAGAUCAGGAAAAAUUGCCGGAAGACAAACUAAUUUUUUUUCUUAUUAUUAGGUCAUGUGUAUUUCGUACCUGUUGAGAGAUUUCAUAUUAUGUUGUGAGAUUGCAAUAACGUACUAGGUAAGCACUGCUAUAUCUUUUUGCAUUUUUUGAUUCCAUAUAACGGUGGAGCUAAUAUUAUUGUAUGAAUGUCUUGUUAUGCUCCGUGCUCGUUCCUUGGAUAAUAAAUAUUAGGUGUGUGCAUGAUAUUUUUUUA